ACUGACCCCCAAUCCAAGUCCUCUGCUUUACCUUCUUUUCUUAUUAGGGUGCUUCUGUCUUCACCUUCUCCCCCUACACUGCUCUUAGAACCAUGUCCUUCUGCCUAGAAGCAGCCAGUUCUGUUUCCUUCUGUAUCUCCAACUUCCCCUUUUCCCACAGGUGACAGAGCUGACCACAAUGCUAUCUGGCCGGUGGUGGCCAAGUACCUGGGGGAGUCUAGGAUUGGGGGCCAGAAGCCCCUCUCAGGGAUCCCAGCUGUGUGCCCUCUAUGCCUUUACUUAUACUGGGGUAGACGGCCGGCAGGUGUCUCUGGCUGAAGGCGACAGGUUCCUACUGCUUCGAAAGACCAACUCAGACUGGUGGUUGGCAAGGCGCCUGGGAGCACCCUCCACCUCUCGACCCAUCUUUGUCCCAGCUGCCUACAUGACAGAGGAAUCCAUCCCUUCACAGAGCCCAGCCAUCAUUACACCCAGUCAAUCCCUCUGGACUCCUGGGCCAAAGUUGUUUCAUGGCUCCUUGGAGAAGGUGCACCUGUCUCAGGCACACCAGCCUACAUCAGAGCAGCCUCCUCCACUUCCCCCACAAAUGUGUAGAAGCAUCAGUGUUGCCAAUUUGAGGCCCAGCCUCCUGAAGCCCCUCCAGAAGGGGCCAAAUGGAAGAUCCCUCUCACAGGAAGACUUGCUGUCAGAGACCAGUGCCAACAUGGCAGGACCCCAGCCUUUCAUGUCAGAGGCCCCUGUGUACUGUAACCUGGUGGACCUUCGCCGUUGUCCUCGGUCCCCACCCCCAGAUUCUGCAUGCCCCCUACUGCAGAGGCUGGACACCUGGGAGCAGCAUCUGGACCCCAACUCUGGGCGCUGCUUCUACGUAAAUUCGCUAACCGGCUGCAAGUCCUGGAAGCCCCCACGCCGCAGUCGCACCCGAAACACGAACUCUGGCUCUAUGGAGGGGACCCAGACCCUGAAGAAGAACAAUGGUGUUCUGCAACCUCAGGCAAAGGGCUCAGGAUCUGACACAGGGACUCUGGAACUGCUUGACCCACAGGGUUCACCUUGCCUCAGCCGACACACCUCCCAGUUUGUCCAGUCAGAGCAGCCUCCAGCUUUACAGCCUCCUAGAGCUCUGCCACAGCUUCUGGACGACCCCCAUGAGGUGGAAAAGUCAGGCCUGCUCAACAUGACCAAGAUUGCACAAGGGGGCCGCAAACUCAGGAAGAACUGGGGCCCGUCUUGGGUGGUGUUAGCCGGUAACAGCCUGGUGUUCUAUCGAGAGCCUCCACCGCCAACUGCGCCCUCCUCAGGCUGGGGGCCAGCGGGUAGCCGGCCAGAAAGUAGCGUGGACCUGCGUGGGGCGGCCCUGGCACACGGCCGCCACCUGUCUAGCCGGCGUAACGUCCUGCAUAUCCGCACAGUCCCUGGCCACGAGUUCUUGUUGCAGUCGGAUCAAGAGACAGAGCUGCGAGCCUGGCACCGCGCGCUUCGGGCUGUCAUCCAGCGGCUGGAGCGGGAGAACCCGCUGGAGCUGCGUCUGUCGGGCUCUGGACCUGCAGAGUUGGCGGAGCUGAGCGCCGGAGAGGACGAAGAAGAGGAGUCCGAGCCAGUGCCCAAGCCGUUUCUGCGGCUCAGCGGCCGCCGCAGCUCCAGUCGGUGUCCUGAAGGUACUGAACAGAACCGUGUGCGGAACAAGCUGAAGCGGCUAAUCGCCAAGAGACCGCCCUUGCAAAGCCUUCAGGAGCGGGGUCUGCUCAGGGACCAGGUAUUUGGCUGCCAGUUGGAAUCACUGUGCCAGCGGGAAGGAGACACAGUGCCCAGCUUUGUACGUCUCUGCAUUGCUGCUGUGGAUAAACGAGGUCUAGAUGUGGAUGGCAUUUACCGAGUGAGCGGGAACUUGGCAGUGGUUCAGAAACUUCGAUUUCUGGUGGACAGAGAAAGGGCUGUCACCUCCGAUGGGAGGUAUGUGUUCCCAGAAAAUCCAGGACCAGAAAGUCGAUUAGAUUUGGACAAUGCUGAGUGGGAUGAUAUUCAUGUGGUCACCGGAGCCCUGAAGCUUUUUCUCCGGGAGCUACCCCAGCCUCUUGUGCCCUCAAUGCUCCUGCCCCAUUUUCGUGCUGCCCUAGCACUUUCUGAAUCAGAGCAGCGCCUCUCUCAAAUACAAGAAUUAGUAGACUCAAUGCCAAAGCCCAACCGUGACACUCUGCGGUACCUUCUGGAGCAUUUAUGCAGGGUUAUAGCACACUCAGAUAAGAACCGCAUGACCCCCCACAACCUGGGAAUUGUGUUUGGACCAACCCUCUUUCGACCAGAGCAGGAGACAUCUGACCCUGCAGCCCAUGCACUCUACCCUGGGCAAUUGGUCCAGCUGAUGCUCACCAACUUCGUCGACCUCUUCUCCUGACUCAGGCAAGAAAGAGGACAAGAUUUCCAAUGAUCUUUAGGCUAGCCUUUUGUGUGUGUGUGGGGGGUGUUCUAUUUUGAGGAUAUGCCUUACAAACCCUGCCUCCCAGAUAGCAACUCCUCCAUCUUCUUGAGUCUGAUCUGAGGGGUUGGGAUUGGGUGAGGGAAACCUCUGAAGAAGACAGUGGGAGGAUGAACUCCCACUUACUUCUUGCUCCCCCUUCUCAAGAUAACACAUAAGCAGCAGGUUUU